UCAAACGCAAUUCAAAACUCCGGCCACGCAAUGAGAGCACUCAUAAAAAGCUGGAACACAUAUUGCCUAUUCGUGUGCCGGAGUACCCAAAUAAUGCCCGGUUGGGGAGAUUAGCAAGGGCAAUUUAAUUUGAAUUAAAAUUGCAUUUGGCUUGGGGAAUUUAUUAAAAAAAAAAAAAUCUAGUAAAUUUGCCGCCUUCAGGGGCAGUAACAGCAAUGCAAGCUUCAACAAAGCUCAUAUCCCCUACUCACCCAACUCUUAAUCUUUCUCACCCAACCAUCGAAUCUUUCAUCUGGAACACCCUCAUUAGAGCCCAUGUCCAAGCCAAGGCACGACCACCCACAACUCCUUUCUUCAAUUCCCCACUCUCCAUCUUCCUCCGCAUGCGCUUCCAUUCCGUCCAACCAGAUUUCCACACCUUCCCUUUCCUUCUUCAAUCCUUCACUUCUCCAUCUUCCCUCCAUUCAGGACUCAAGAUUCAUGCCCAAAUUUUUAAAUUUGGGCUUGCUUGCGACCCAUUUGUCCAAACAUCUCUCAUCAACAUGUUCUCAUCUUGUGGCAAUUUGGGUUUUGCCCAACAAUUAUUCGAUGAAAUACCCCAACCGGAUUUACCCUCUUGGAAUUCGAUCAUAAAUGCAAAUGUGAAAUUGGGUUUUAUCAAUGUUGCUCGGAAUUUGUUUGAUGAGAUGCCAAAACGUAAUGUGAUAUCUUGGAGUUGUAUGUUAAGCGGGUAUGUGAGGUGUGGAGAGUGUAAAGAAGCACUGACAUUGUUUCGGGAGAUGCAAAGGAUGGAAGUAAGUGAUGUUAGGCCUAAUCAGUUCACGAUGUCUGUCGUGCUUUCAGCUUGUGGACGGUUAGGUGCACUUGAGCAUGGCAAAUGGGCCCAUGCUUAUAUUGAUAAAUGUGGGAUGAAGGUUGAUGUUGUUUUAGGGACUUGUUUGAUAGACAUGUAUGCGAAAUGUGGGAGUAUUGAUAGAGCAAGGUGGGUAUUCGACAACUUGGGUCCUAACAAGGAUGUGAUGGCUUGGAGUGCCAUGAUGUCUGGUUUGGCCAUGCAUGGGCAUGGUCAAGAAUGCCUUGAUUUAUUCUCGAAGAUGAUGAAUUAUGGGGUGAGACCCAAUGGUGUAAUCUUUUUAGGCGUUCUCUGUGCUUGUGUACAUGGUGGCUUAGUCAGUGAAGGGAAUGAUUACUUCAAUAUGAUGGACAAGGAGUUUGGGAUUAGUCCUUUGAUCCAACACUAUGGUUGCAUGGUUGACCUCUACGGAAGAGCUGGUCUUAUAGAUAAGGCUUGGGAUGUUGUGAAAUCCAUGCCUAUGGAGCCUGACGUGAUUGUAUGGGGAGCUCUUCUUAGUGGAUCUAGAAUGUGUGGGGACAUUGAAACAUGUGAGGUUGCACUCAAGAAACUAAUCGAGUUGGAACCCACAAACAGCAGCGCUUAUGUGCUUCUGUCAAAUGUGUAUGCAAAGAUGGGUAGAUGGAAGGAUGCAAGGAAUGUGAGAUCUCUCAUGGAAGCAAAUGGAAUAAGGAAAGUACCAGGAUGUAGCUUGGUUGAGGUGGGGGGUGUCAUUCACGAGUUUUUUGUGGGAGAUGAGUCUCAUCCCGAUACAAGGGAGAUAUAUCUGAUGCUUGAUGAGAUUAUGAAUAGGUUAAAGAUAAACGGUUAUGUAACCAACACGAAAGAGGUAUUGCUUGACUUGGAUGAGGAAGGAAAGGAAUUGGCACUUUCACUUCAUAGUGAAAAAUUGGCCAUUGCCUUCGCCAUUUUAAAGACAAAUAUAGGUACUCCAAUACAUAUCGUUAAAAACCUUAGGACAUGCAGUGAUUGUCAUGUUGCCAUGAAGAUGAUAUCUAAGGUGUUUGGCCGGGAGAUUGUUGUUAGAGAUUGCAGUCGGUUUCACCAUUUUAUUGAUGGGGUAUGCUCUUGUAAAGACUAUUGGUAAAGGGAACAGAAAAUUACUGAAUUUGAUUGGGACUUUUCUGUCCCUUCUAUGUUGCAUGUAUCACAUACCUUUAUUCCUAUAUGAUUCAGCAUGACUGAAAUCAAUCAAGUUCAAAGACCUACUCAAAACACAGAAACUUCUUCUUGUAGUCAAUGUUGAGAUGCCUGCACUCUGGAUUCAAUCUUUGGGCUCUGCAUAAGGGAUGCUUAUUGGAAAAUAAAUAUAUUGCUUAAUCGCUGGUUCCCAUGAAUGAAAUUAAUUGUUCAAGGUGAGAACUCUUGAGAAUUUCAAGCUAAUGCAAAUUUGUGAUUUGCCUAUGGUGUAUUCACAUAUGCAUUGUUUUGCUUAUAUGUUAUUCUGACUUACAUAUGAUUUUUGGUACGACAUUUUAAUAUAGAUGCCAAACU